UUCAUUGAACACACAUAUAUAUUAUCUAUAAAAACCAACAUCUCUGUACAAUCCUUUAUCUUUUCUUUUUUUUUUUCCUUUGUUCAUCAUCUGAAAGCAUAAAAGUUCCUCUAGCUAGAUAUCAUCUGAAAUGGAAGUCAUCAUCAAUAGUCCGGAAACACCGUUGCUUUCGUCAAACGAUCAUGAGGCUGUUGAUCACAAACCCAAGUUAACCGGUAUGGUUUCUUCGAUGAAAUCGAAUUUCUUCACUGAUUUGCCUCAAAAACUUCGAUCCAAGAUCGAUCCGGAGAACCCUUUUCAUCUUGAUGUCUCCAAAGCCGCAGGCCUCAAAGGAGAUGAAAAGGAGUACUACCAAAGACAAUUGGCAACAUUGAAAUCCUUUGAGGAAGUAGAAAGUUUCAUAGCUCGAUCUGAUGAUUACAUCAUCGAUGAAAAAGAAGAAGAAGAAGAUCGAGCUGAGAGAGCUGCACAAGAGCUUGCCAUGCAAAUCUCCAACUGGGCUAACAUCUUCUUACUUGCUCUAAAGAUAUAUGCUACGGUAAAGAGUGGAUCCAUAGCGAUUGCAGCAUCGACACUCGACUCAUUGCUUGACCUUAUGGCCGGAGGAAUACUUUGGUUCACACAUUUGUCAAUGAAGAACGUCAAUAUCUACAAAUAUCCCAUUGGAAAGCUUAGGGUGCAACCCGUUGGAAUCAUCAUUUUCGCCGCUGUUAUGGCCACUCUUGGGUUCCAAGUGCUGCUUGUGGCAGCUGAGCAAUUGAUUUCAAAUGAACCUUCAGAUAAAAUGAAUCAUGACCAACUGGUUUGGUUAUAUUCAAUCAUGCUGAGUGCAACCGCUAUUAAACUCGUCUUAUGGAUCUACUGCAAAAGCUCUAGAAAUCAUAUUGUUCGUGCAUACGCAAAGGAUCAUCACUUUGAUGUGGUGACAAAUGUUCUUGGAUUGGUCGCCGCCGUUCUGGCUAAUGCCUUUUAUUGGUGGCUAGAUCCGUCUGGUGCUAUUCUCUUAGCCAUCUACACUAUUGUCAACUGGUCCGGGACCGUUAUGGAAAAUGCAGUUUCACUGAUCGGACAAUCAGCUCCUCCAGAAGUAUUACAGAAACUGACAUACUUAGUGUUGCGACAAGGCGGGGAUAACAUCAAACAUGUGGAUACUGUCCGUGCCUAUACCUUUGGUGUUCUUUAUUUUGUUGAGGUGGAUAUAGAACUGCCAGAGGAUUUGCCACUGAAGGAAGCUCAUGCAAUUGGUGAGACAUUGCAAAUAAAGCUCGAAGAACUUCCAGAAGUGGAAAGAGCUUUUGUUCAUCUGGAUUUCGAGUGCCAUCACAAACCUGAACACUCUGUGCUCUCUACGAUCCCCAAUGAUUUAUGAAGAUUACAUGCAUAUAUAACUUUGUAUGUGUAAUUUGCUUGUUUUUUUUUUUUGGUUGCUUCUUUAAUAUUAUAUAUGUACUAUGUGACCUCUGCAGCUUGAUACAUUGCAGUAUGAGUUUUCUUCUAUUCACAUUGAAUUUUUUGCUUUAA